AUGAACACCACCAUCUCCGAUGCCAUCGAUGCCCUGAACGUCGGGCAGUACCAAGACGCUGCGGGGGUGCAGUUCCUGAUCGACCAGGCCCUGCUGGCUUAUUGGACCCAAGCGGAGGUCUCGAGCUUCGUUGCGGGAGAGCUGGCCAACUACGCCACGACUGCAUCCGUCAGCUCCAGCAUCAGCUCGGCCCUGUCGAGUUAUGAUGAUUCCAGUCAAGUCGACAGCAAGAUAAUAACUGCUCUGCUGGAUUUCUACACGAGGGCCGAAGUAGAUCAGGCCAUCGCCGAUGCCACGUCGGGCUCGGUGGACCUAUCGGCUUACUACACCUCCGCCGAGACGGAGAGCUACGUGGCCAACGAGCUCCUUGCGUAUUAUCCCCGCACGGAGCUGGACAGCCAGCUCACAGCCACUUUCACGCAGUAUUGGACGUCGGGACGCACCCAAACGGAAAUCGACGACGCCAUCGCCGGCGCGGGCUUUCAGACUCAAGCGGAUGCGGACUUACGCUACUUCGUGCGGGCUCCCGGUGCGGAGUCGGGCCAGAUUUUCAACUUGGUUCAAGAACAGUUCACGCCCAGGAUCAUCCGCAAUUUGCUGUUGGAGGCGCCCCUGUCGGGCGAUGCCAUUCUCGGCAACCAAAGCACGUUGCGGCUCCGCUGCGACUCUUGGACCAAGGCGGAGGCGGACAGCCGGUUCCUGCGGACGAACGACCUGGGCCCACUCGAUGCCCGCUACUUCGUCAACAGCCCCGGUGCAGAGGGCGGCGGGAUCUUCAAUUUGGUCCAGACCCAGUUCACGCCCCGGAUCAUCCGGAACCUCCUGUGCCAAACGCCCCUCUCCGCCCAGCCCAUCCUGGGCAACGGCAGCACCCUCCAGAUCUCCUGCGACUGCUGGAGCAAGGGCCAAAGUGACACCCGCUACCCCCUCAUCGCAAAUUUUAACUCCCUAGGCCAGCGAGUCACGGACCUCGAGAACAGCCCGGGCGUGGACCCCACGGCGGACCUCACCGUCAAUAGCCUCACGGCCACGAGCUUCGUGCAGACACCACUGCUGCAAAGCGCUGCAGCCGAUCUCGAAAUCCGGAAUGCCACCACCACCAUCCGUGCCGAAGACGGCACGCUGCUGGCCUCCUUCACCGCCGGAAGCAUCGGCCUGGAGCAAGACAUCACUGCGCCUCUGGUGCGCUCCGAUCCGGCGGCCCCCUGGCUCACCGUCCAGGGCGGCACCAACGGGAUUCUGAUGGACGACACGGUGCGGAUCAACGGGGUCUUGGGCCCCGAAGCCAGCCUGCCCUUCCUGAGCCUCUCGGGCGGGACCAGCGGCGUGCAGGUGCUCUCCCCGCUGCUGGAGCAAAUCGCCGUGGGACCCACGGACGGCACGGUGGGAGUGGUGGUGCGCAACGCCGCCGCGACGGGGGAGGCGGCGCUGCUUUUGGACGCCAACAACCAAGCCGGCGUGGCGGAGCUCAAGGUGCGGGCGGGCGGCAAUUGCGAGCUCAACGCCCAGUUCCAGUUCAUCAGUUUCAACACGACCAACGGCCUGGCCAAUCUGGCCAUCGAGCCCAACAUCGGGGGCAGCAACGAUGGGGAGGUGAUCUUCGGGUAUGGGUUUGUCAAUCUGAGCGACCGGGCAAUGCUCCCAGCGUAUCGAAAGCUUCCUUAA